AUGAUCAAGUCGUUCAUAAACAACGGGAUUAAAAUAUACUCGUUAACAUCGGGGAGGGUGAGUCCCGAGAAUGGUGGUGGCAUCGGCAGCGUAGGAAAAGGUAGUGGAAGGAAAAAGAAGAAUGCAUCCAUUGGGGGGAGUGAGAACUCGGUGGAGAUUUUGCACGAUUUGGAAUUUUCACAGAAAAGUGAACAAGUGAAGAUAAGCGAUGACGGGAGGUAUAUCUGUAUCAGUGGGAUGUAUCCACCUCAGGUGGGAUUGUAUGACACGAAAGAAAUGUCUAUAAAGCAUAGGAGGCAUUUCGACGAAGAGGUUGUAAAUUUUGAGUUCCUAACUAGUAACUAUGAGAAGCUAGCUUUUUUAUGCAAAAACAGACACCUAGAAUUUCACAACGCAGCAGGAAAGUACUACAAAAUGAGGAUUCCAAAGGAGGGCAGAAAUUUACUGUAUAAUAGAGAAAAUUCUAAUCUAUAUAUUUGUUCCUCUUUUGACGAAAUAUACGUUUUGAAUUUAAACAAGGGUGGGUUUGAAAGUUCCAUGAGUACGAAAAAUGAACACAACAAUUUUUUAUGUCGAAAUAUGCAGCUGCCUGUUUUGGCUACAGGGGGGUCGAGUGGAUUUUUGGAAAUUUGGGAUGAGCGCGUGAAGAAGAGUAUUUCUUGUUUGGACAUUCAUCAGGGGGAGGAACUAACUGCUGGAUGUUUUUCCGAGAGUGGGUUGAAAUUGGGUGUUGGGACGGAGAAGGGUAUCGUGAAGAUGUACGACAUUCGUCAUAAUAGGCCGCUCCUUGUGAAAGACCACUGCAACGAUUUGGCCAUUAAGAAGAUCGAGUUUGUUAGCAUCGGCAGGAGUGGUGGAGGCAGCACUGCAGUAGGAGCUGGCAGUGGAACGUUUACUAAUGAGCGCUUUCUCCGUGGUGGUGGUCAGUGUGGCCCCCCCGUCGCAGGUGGAAGCGGUUCAAACGAGUACGUCACAUCUGCAGACGCGAACUGCAUAAAAAUAUACAACGAGAACAAUCCCAAUUUGUUGUCUUUCCAUGUUGUGAAUAGGGAGAGCGAAAGUGGAAAGAGUAAAGGUGGGUCAAAAAAAACAAACGCGUUCAAAUUACUUGGAAACGAUACGAUAAGUAUCAAUUCGUUUACCUUUUAUAAAAACUCGGGGUUAUGUUUCAUCCCCUGUGACAGUACGAAUGUUUCCCUUUACUUCAUUCCCUACAUUGGGAUUGCCCCCAAGUGGUGUAACUUUCUCGAUAACAUCACGGAGGAGUUAGAAGAAAGAGAGAAAUACGACAACAACAGGGAUGAUGGUGACACGCAGUAUGCCAACACGAAUGACCUCUUCGACGAUUAUGUAUUUGUUUCGAACGAACAAGUGGAAAGGAUGAAUAUAAGUCACCUGAAAGGAACGCCCAACUUAAUUUCCUACCUACACGGGUACUACAUGCCGUCCAAAAUGUACACAGAUAUUAAGAGCGUCCUUGAAGCCGAUAAUUUGAACCAAGUGAAGAAGGCCAUUGUGCAAAAGCGGCUGGAGAAGAAACAGCAGAUGCGAAUCCCCGACAGAAGCGUUAUGGUGAACAGAGAGUAUGUCGAUAAACUACUCACCAGGGUGAACAAGAAGGUGGACAAAAAGCAGAAGGCUAUCGUGGAUGCCCAGGAGCUGUUGCAAGACGAGCGGUUCAACAAGCUCUUCUACGACCCCGAAUACAUGGUCGAGACGGUCGACUUGGGCGACCAGCCGGGUUGA